AGCGGGGCCGGGACCCCGGAACGCGUCCCGGGGCUUGCGGGCUGGGCGGGGGCGCGGCGCGAACUGGGUCUACAUCGGGAGGCGGCCCGGAGAUUGGACCGAGCGGGGGCGGGGUCCGCGGCCGCCUGCGCGGUUCCGGGUGCUCCCGCCGCGCGCAGCCCAGGGCGCACUUGACCGGGGUCUGGCUGCGGGGAAGGGCGGGUCUGGGGAGAACCCCCGAGCGCCGCGGCGUCCUCCAGCCCCUCCCUCGCGGCCGCCGGAGCCACAGCCCGAGCCGGAGCCACCUCGCCCCCCGGCUCGCGCGCCCCCAGCCAUGGCUUUCGCCAAUUUCCGCCGCAUCCUGCGCCGGUCUACCUUCGAGAAGAGAAAGUCCCGCGAAUAUGAGCACGUCCGCCGGGACCUGGACCCCAACGAGGUGUGGGAGAUUGUGGGCGAGCUGGGCGAUGGUGCCUUCGGCAAGGUUUACAAGGCCAAGAACAAGGAGACAGGUGCCUUGGCUGCUGCCAAAGUAAUUGAGACCAAGAGUGAGGAGGAGCUGGAGGACUACAUCGUGGAGAUUGAGAUCCUCGCCACCUGUGACCACCCCUACAUUGUGAAGCUCCUGGGAGCCUACUACCAUGACUGGAAGCUGUGGAUCAUGAUCGAGUUCUGUCCUGGGGGAGCUGUGGACGCCAUCAUGCUGGAGCUGGACAGAGGCCUCACUGAGCCCCAGAUUCAGGUGGUUUGCCGCCAGAUGCUGGAAGCCCUCACCUUCCUGCACGGCAAGAAGGUCAUCCACCGGGAUCUGAAAGCUGGCAACGUGCUGAUGACGCUUGAGGGAGACAUCAGGCUGGCUGACUUCGGUGUGUCUGCCAAGAAUCUGAAGACUCUGCAGAAACGAGAUUCCUUCAUAGGAACGCCUUACUGGAUGGCCCCCGAGGUGGUGAUGUGUGAGACCAUGAAGGACACCCCAUACGACUACAAAGCCGACAUCUGGUCCCUGGGCAUCACUCUGAUUGAGAUGGCCCAGAUCGAGCCCCCGCACCACGAGCUCAACCCUAUGCGGGUCCUGCUCAAGAUCGCCAAGUCGGACCCUCCCACGCUACUCACGCCUUCUAAGUGGUCUGCGGAGUUCCGAGACUUCCUGAAGACGGCCCUGGAUAAGAACCCGGAGACCCGGCCCAGCGCUGCACAGCUCCUGGAGCAUCCCUUCGUCAGCAGCAUCACCAACAACAAGGCUCUGCGGGAACUGGUGGCCGAGGCCAAGGCUGAAGUGAUGGAGGAGAUUGAAGAUGGACGGGAUGAGGGGGAAGAGGAGGACUCGGUGGAUGCCGCCUCUCGUCUGGGGAACCACACUCGGGACUCCUCUGAGGUGAGUCAGCUGAGCCUCGAUGCUGACAAGCUUCUCAAAGAAUCAUCUUUCGCCCCACUGCCACCUAGCCAGCCUCAGGACAUUGUGAAUGGGCCCAACCAACCCUCUGGGGACACAUCCCUCCAAGCCACCAGCCCCCCAGAUGUGGCCCCUGGAAACGAGAACGGCCUGGCGUUGCCCGUGCCCCUCCGGAAGUCCCGACCGGUGUCCAUGGAUGCCAGGAUUCAGGUAUCCGAGGAGAAGCAAGCCACUGACCAGGGUGGGGACCUCAGUCCAGCAGCCAGCAGGUCCCAGAAAGCAAGCCAGAACCGUCCCAACAGCAGCGCCCUGGAGACCUUGGGUGGCGAGCAGUUGGCCAACGGCAGCCUGGAGCUCCCUGCCCAGGAGGCUCUAGGCCCUUCCAAGAGGGACUCAGACUGUGGCAGCCUCUCCACCUCCGAGAGCAUGGACUAUGGCGCCUCCCUCUCAGCCGACCUGUCCCUGAACAGAGAGACCGGCUCUCUGUCUAUCAAGAACUCGAGGCUGCACAAUAAGACCCUCAAGAGGACACGCAAGUUUGUGGUGGAUGGCGUGGAGGUGAGCAUCACCACCUCCAAGAUCAUCAGUGAUGAUGAGAAGGACGAGGAGAUGAGAUUUCUCAGGCGCCAGGAACUCCGAGAACUUCGGCUGCUCCAGAAAGAAGAGCAUCGGAACCAGACCCAGCUGAGCAGCAAGCAUGAGCUGCAGUUGGAGCAGAUGCACAAACGUUUUGAACAAGAAAUCAAUGCCAAGAGGAAGUUCUUUGACACAGAGCUGGAGAACCUGGAGCGUCAGCAAAAGCAGCAAGUGGAGAAGAUGGAGCAAGACCAUGCUGUGCGCCGCCGGGAGGAAGCCAAGCGCAUCCGCCUGGAGCAGGAGCGGGACUAUGCCAGGUUCCAGGAGCAGCUCAAGCUGAUGAAGAAGGAGGUGAAGAAUGAGGUGGAGAAGCUCCCCAGGCAGCAGCGGAAGGAAAGCAUGAAGCAGAAGAUGGAGGAGCAUGCACAGAAGAAGCAGCUUCUCGACCGGGACUUCCUCGCCAAGCAGAAGGAGGACCUGGAGUUGGCGAUGAAGAGGAUCACGGCCGACAACAGGCGGGAGAUCUGUGACAAGGAGCGCGAGUGCCUCACUAGGAAGCAGGAGCUCCUUCGAGACCGGGAGGCGGCGCUGUGGGAGAUGGAGGAGCAUCACCUGCAGGAGAGGCACCAGCUGGUGAAGCAGCAGCUCAAAGACCAAUACUUCCUCCAGCGGCACGAGCUGGUGCGCAAGCAUGAGAAGGAGUGCGAGCAGAUGCAGCGCUACAACCAGCGCAUGAUGGAGCAGCUGAAGGUGCGGCAGCAGCAGGAAAAGGCGCGGCUGCCCAAGAUUCAGAGGAGCGAGGGCAAGACGCGCAUGGCCAUGUACAAGAAGAGCCUGCACAUCAACGGGGCGGGCAGUGCCGCUGAGCAGCGCGAGAAGAUCAAGCAGUUCUCCCAGCAGGAGGAGAAGAGGCAGAAGUCAGAGCGGCUGCAGCAGCAGCAAAAACAUGAGAGCCAGACGCGGGACAUGGUGGCACAGUGCGGGAGCAACAUGGGCGAGCUGCAGCAGCUGCAGAAUGAAAAGUGUCACCUUCUGGUAGAGCAUGAAACCCAGAAGCUGAAGGCCCUGGACGAAAGCCAUAACCAGAACCUAAAGGAAUGGCGGGACAAGCUUCGGCCACGCAAAAAGGCUCUGGAAGAAGAGCUGAACCAGAAGAAGCGAGAGCAGGAGAUGUUCUUCAAAAUGAACGAGGAGGCAGAGUGCCUGAGCCCCACCACCCCAACCAAGGCCACCAGGUUCUUCCCGUACAGCUCUGCGGAUGCUUCGUAACAGCCGCCUGGGGCUGUGGCUGGCCGGCCGGUGGGCCUCGGGGCCCUCCCAUUCUCUGUGAACAAGUAACUCAGGAGCCCCUUCCCUCUUGCUUCCAUGCCGGCUCGAAUCCCGCCCCUUGCCUUGUGCCACCCCAACCGUGCCUGACAGACCCACCCGGCGUUUCUGGCUUCUCGCUCAUCGUGGAGGGCGAGGUUUUAUGAUGUGCUGCCUGAUCCUAACGUGCAUUCCAUUUGAGCCCCAGGUUCCUUUGAGCUGUCAGCGACUUGGGCUGUUGCGGGGGCCAGGGACCAGGAGGAAUAGGUGUUCUGUGGCCUCGAGGCCCCUCCUGUUUGCCAAAACACCAGCUUUGCUGUCUGUGGGCACAAAGUGCUACUGCUGAAGUCACCGUGGGCGCGUCCUACUGUAAUUAUCGGUGGCUUUUCAGCCAUUCCCUGCAGUGUCAGACCAGGAACCACGGCUUCUAACAGGCAUUUUGGUUCCCAGUGGAGCCUAGUCUGCAGCCAGCUGCUCAGGGGGUGCCCUCCUUCCUCCAGUUCCCCCAAUCUGCUUUCUUCUUGAGACAGCAUCUACAGCGGUGGGAUGGGGAGAGGCUGAACGCUUCACCCUGAUCUCAAGUGUUUCGUGCCAUCUUGUACUCCCCCUUCCUGCACACACACCCCCACCCCUUGGCCCCCUGGGCCUCUUGUGCCAGGUGGAUUGGAACAUGUUCGCUGCCUGAGCCUGUGCCACUGAACAAGCGAGGGGAGCCGUUGGUAUGGGCGUGCUGGGGGCCGGCACCAGAGGCACAGGCUGAACCGCCAGCCUGCGAUUCCUUUUGGCCCUGCACGGGAUCCUGUGUUCAGGGAUAAAUCCCUCGCCCCACAAGACCUUCCCACCCCAGUCACUCUGUCUCACACUUGCCCACCU